AUGCAAGAAUCGUCACGAUCAAUCAAUCAUAAGCUCAAUGAAAUCUUGAGCAAAAACACGCUUGUUAAACCGAAAUUGGACGACGCAAGAGCUUUGAGCUCUGCUCAUAUACUUCGAGCCAACAUUUUGGGUAAAGAUAAGCAAGAAAAAGUCAAUUCGAUUGUGGUUUUGGCCAAGUUGCUAGAAUGUCUUACAACCGCAACCGGUAGUGACGAUGUCGGUAUUCCUCAAUUUGCACAGAUUCUAGAUUAUGAAUUGUUUUCGACACUAUUCUCGAUAAUUAGCAUCAACAGAUCGUCUGAAACUUUUAAAGCAAUUUUGAAAAUAUCGGUUGUUGUUAUCUCAGGUGAAAUCUUUGGACAAGAAGAUGCAGCAAAUUAUUUGCCACUUUUCCAAUCGCUUGCUGAGUAUCUAGAUGCAAUAGAUGUCAUUACGUCAAAGUUGGCUCUGGAAGAUAGAAAGAUUAUCGUCAACUCCAUCAAGUUGGUCACUGGGGUCAUUGAAAAGGGGUUGAAGUUUGAAUUUCCAGAGAUUAUCACUCUCGCGGCACGACUCAAGCACGUUUCCUAUUUCAGCACCGUGGAAAACCUCGUAGAAAAAGACGAUGCUCACACCAGAUCUUUUUUGCAAGAGUUGAAAGCGUUGUAUCACAACUUGAACCAGUAUUUAAAUCUGAUUCGAUUCGAUUUAUCCAUCAAAUCUCAUCAAUUGAUGUUGAACAACUUGUUUCUCUUUUUAGAAGUAUCGUUAAAUGAAUUUGGAACUCCGGCAACAACAGAAGAGUACAUCAAAUCUGGGUUCACCGAUAACCCUAGACAAUAUGUCAUUGACAAUUUUUCAAUCCUAUUGGCCAUGGAUUUGAAAAUCUUCUUGAAGAAUCCAGAUUUCACAUUCAAGAAAAGAUUCCACGAAGAGCUUAUGAUGAGCGAUCAUUUAAGAACUUUUCCGCUUUCAUGGUGUAUAGAAAAAUGCUCGAAAAUGUGGCAAGGUAUUUUUGAAAAACGGCCAGAAUUGCCAAUCUUGAGCUACGAAUUACUAAUUUACGACUCAAUGAACAUUUGCUUGAAUCUAUGGCAACAAACAAAAGCUCAAAUCAACAACAAGGCAGAUAUCGACAAGAUUUUCCAAUUAAUAUACACCAAUGUUGAAAGUUUUGAACCAAACUCUGGUGACAGCCUUGAAAACUUUUUGGGUUCCACCAAUGCAAAAUCAAGCGUUGAAAUGAGACAUAUACAAGCCCAGCAGCUUGUGGAAAACUUAAACUCUAGUUGGCAAAGUCAUUUUAUCGAGUUCAAUCGAGAGUUGUCCGAACAAGUUUGGAAAUUUGUUGCUGAGCAGCGAGUCAUGCAGUUGUUGAGAGGAUCGUGGGUGUUUACCGAGGACUAUGGGAAGUUGAUGUUUGGGAAUAAUGUUGGCACCCCAGCGUCCAAAUACUACUACAUCUGCUUGUCUCCCAACAGGAAACAAAUCUAUUGCAAAAGUUUUGCAGAAAAGGGAGAAAAUCCCAACUAUGAAGAAUUGGAAAAAGCAGGCGGGAUAAAAUUGCCAGAAAUACAGGACAUUGUCUCUGACACUAUCGGAGAGUCCUUGGGAGAGGAAGACAAGAGAAAAAACUCAAUGUUGAUUUCCAUCAAGGGUACCAUUUCCUAUGAGAAAAUCACGAUACUUGGAGCCAACAAAAAACGGCUCUUGUCGUUCUACACUGACUCGGACGUGAACAGAUUUGUUUGGCUAGAUGGUAUCAAGAUGUUGAAGAAAUUGGAAUCGUUGUCAAAAGACACCAGGAAACAGAUGGACUCGCUAAUCGAUAUCCGCAGAAACACCCAGUUGCUAAACUUGGAUGAACUAGAUCACGUUGACGACGGUGAAUUUCUUGAUGCUGGUGAAUUGAAUGCCAUUUCAACUGGAUUUUUUUACAAGUAA